GAAAUGCUCGUUUACCAUUAUUAUCACCAAAUUUACGUGAACCGAGACCAACAGAAGAAACUGAUGAACAUACAUUUGAACAUGUUCAACAAUGUCCAUCAUUAGCUGCUGGUUUUCCACAUUUUUAUGGUGGAAUAUGGAGAAAUUGGGGUAGAGAUACAUUUAUAUCAUUACAUGGUCUUUUUCUAUUAACUGGUCGAUAUGAAGAAGCUCGUUAUAAUGCUCGUGAUGCUGUAUGGUGGUGGUUGUAUUCCACAUCAAAUUAUACACAUAUAGUACCAGAUGGACAUGAUAUUUUAUCAGAUAAAGUCUCACGUUUAUAUCCAACUCAUGAUAGUCCAGCUCAAUCAGCUGGUAUUCAUGAUCAAUCAUUAUAUGAUGUUAUUCAUGAAGCUCUUCUUCGUCAUGUUCAAUCAUUAAAAUUCCGAGAACGUGGAGCUGGACAUUCAUUAGAUUUCGUUAUGAAUGAUGAAGGUUUUAAUAAUGAAAUAGGUAUUGAUCAAAGAACUGGUUUUGCAUAUGGUGGAAAUCGUUGA